UCAACCAAAGAAAAAUCAUCGAUCAGAUUGCUUCUAGAAAUGCGCACUAUCGUGUGUGAGCCAACGACCAUGUCUACAGCCGAGGUGAUGGACCCUCCAGCAGACGUAAGCUGUCUACAGUCCUUCGGAACCGGAGACAGCAUCGCCUCCCUGGAUGAAGUCGCGGUGGAGUCCACAGUCAAUGAGUCAUCAGGGGAGGACUCGGCCUGUGAGAGGGAAGAGGAGAGCAUUACCAAAUCUGAGGUCACUCCCCCAGCUAGCGAACAGAGUACACACACACAGUCAGACGAGGCGGUACGUCCCGACUCGCUGCCGUUGCCGGGGGUGGGCGAGACGCUCUGGACGUCCCGGGGCAGCGGCGAGGUGAAGCUGAGGAUGGCAGAGUCGGGCCCCGCCGCUGAACCGCCGGUCACAAUCAACCAGAUGUUCACCUCAGCAGUGGAGCGUUUCGGCGACAAGACGGCUCUGGGCUGGAAAGAGGGCGAACAGUGGAAAACCCUCAACUACCGCGAGUACUACCAAACCUGCCGCACUGCCGCCAAGAGCUUCCUCAAGCUCGGACUGGAGAGGUACCAUGGUGUUGGCAUCCUGGGUUUCAACUCAGCUGAGUGGUUCAUUGCUGACAUUGCGGCCAUUCUAGCAGGCGGGUUUGCCGUGGGCAUCUACACAACCAAUUCUCCGGAAGCAUGCCAGUACGUGGCCGAGAACUGCCAGGCCAAUAUCCUAGUGGUGGAGAACCACAAACAGCUUCAGAAGAUCCUGCAGGUUCAAGACCAGCUGCCACACCUCAAAGCAAUCAUCCAGUACAAAGACGCCCUGAAAGAAAAGAGGCCAAACCUGUACACGUGGGCAGAGUUCCUGGAGAUGGGCCGCGACGAGCCUGACACGCGGCUGGACGACAUCAUCGCCUCUCAAAAGCCCAAUCAGUGCUGCACGCUGAUCUACACGUCUGGCACCACGGGACAGCCCAAAGGGGUCAUGUUGAGUCACGACAAUCUGACCUGGACGGCCUUUGCCACAGGGCGGCAUGUGCGUCUGACCGAAGCUACGGUGAGUCAGGAGGUUGUGGUCAGUUACCUGCCCCUCAGUCACAUCGCAGCCCAGAUGAUUGACAUCUGGCUCACCAUGAAAGUGGGCGGAGCCACGUACUUCGCACAGCCGGACGCUCUGAAGGGCUCCCUGGCCGUCACCCUCCGUGAAGUGCGGCCCACGGCGUUUAUGGGAGUUCCGCGAGUGUGGGAGAAGAUGCAGGAGAAGAUGAAGUCUAUUGGAGCCAAGUCCUCCACCGUGCGCAGGAAGGUUGCAUCCUGGGCCAAAGACGUGGGCCUGCAGACCAACCUCACCAAGAUGGAGCUUAAUGGGACCAUGGCCAGGAAGCCUCUGAACUACAGACUGGCUAAGAAGCUGGUGUUCCGGAAAGUUCGGAAGGCUCUGGGUCUGGACCGCUGCACCAAAUGCUACACGGGGGCUGCCCCCAUCACCAAAGACACUCUGGAGUUUUUCCUCAGUCUGGACAUUCCCGUUUACGAGCUUUACGGCAUGAGUGAAAGUACCGGACCGCACACCAUCUCACUGCCGGAGGCCUUCCGCCUCACCAGCUGUGGGAAGGUGAUAGGUGGCUGUCAGACUAAGAUCGUCAGCCCAGACGAAGACGGCAACGGGGAGAUCUGUUUUUGGGGACGUCACGUGUUCAUGGGUUACCUGAACAUGCCCGAGAAGACGGAAGAAGCCCUCGACUCUGAGGGCUGGCUGCACUCCGGAGACCUGGGCAAACAGGACAAGCAGGACUUCCUGUUCAUCACGGGACGCAUCAAAGAGCUGAUUAUCACUGCCGGUGGAGAAAACAUCCCCCCUGUGCCCAUAGAAGACGCAGUGAAGGAGGCUGUGCCCCUCAUUAGCAACGCCAUGCUCAUCGGAGACAAGAGGAAGUUUCUCUCCAUGCUCCUCACCGUUAAGUGCCAGAUGAAUGCUGAAACAGGGGCUCCAGAAGAUGAGCUGACUCCAGAGGCAGUGGAGCUGUGUCGGAAACUGGGCAGCAACGCCACCAAGGUGUCGGACAUCGCCGGCGGGCGUGACCGCGUCAUCUACGCCGCCAUCCAAGAGGGCAUCAACCGCGUGAACGAGAAGGCUACCUCCAACGCCCAACGCAUCCAGAAGUGGACCGUACUGGAAGAGGACUUUUCCAUUCCUGGAGGAGAGCUUGGGCCUACCAUGAAGCUUAAAAGACCAGUUGUCACAAAGAUGUACAAAGAACAGAUUGAAAACUUCUAUAAAGAAGUUGUGACUCCAAGCACCCCAGACAACCCCCUGCCUUCCAAAUAGGACCCUGACUACAGAGCCACGUCACAGAGUUUAGAAAGAAAACAAAGGACUGGCAAGCUCGCACAGUCAUAUGCAGAUACAAAUACCCAUAGACACACACACACGGACACACACACAGACACACACACACACAAACAUAGGAAUACCACCCUAUUUAAACCAUUUCACAGUUUUCAGGUUGUUUUUUAUUUUGUUUUUGUUUUUGUUUUCGGUUCUGGUUUAGUUUACACUUGUGGGUGAUGUAAAAAAAA